AUGUCGCAAAAGCGCAAGCAUGCCGACGCGGCCGAGUCGUCGUCCUCUGCGCCCAAACCGUUCAAGAAACACCGCGCCUUCAAACCCGGCCAGAGCCAUCCCAAGUCGAAGAAACGGCCGCACGUUUCGAGCGACAUCGACAAGAGCACUAGCACCAACGCGCUCAAGAGCCGGAUACGAGACUUGAAGCGACUGCUUGCGCACGUCGACAAUGUAGGCGAUCACAAGAUGUCCGCGGGCAACAGGGUGGAGAGGGAGAGGGAGCUCGAAGCCUGUCAGCAUGAGUUGCAAGAGAAGCUAGAGAGUAGCCGAGAGGCCGAAUAUAGGAAGAAGAUGAUUGGAAAGUACCAUCACAUAAGAUUCUUCGAUCGUCAAAAGGGCACAAGGAUACUGAAGAAGUUGAAGAAAGAACACGAGGCCGAGGAAGACGAGGCGAAGAAGGAAGACCUAGCGCGAAAGGUGCACAACGUUGAAGUCGAUGUCAACUACGCCAUUUACUACCCGCUCAUGAAACCCUACGCAUCUCUAUACCCAAAGUCGAAGAAGGACAAGGCCUCCGAUUCCGACGAAGCAGCGGACGAGGAUACCGACGACAAAGCGAAUCGCGAGGUCGACGGGCCAAAAGGCGACUUGGACAUGUGGAAAGCUGUGGAGGAGGCUAUGGCAGAAGGCACAUUGGACGCGCUGAGGAAUAGCAAGGAGGCUAUGCCCGCUGCUGUGCCCAAGAAGGAACCGAAAAAGAAGGCACAGCCGCAAGUGCAACAACCAGUCAAGGUCAAAGAGAAAAAGGUGGAAGAGAAGUUGGCAGCAGCCAAGAACCGUCGCGAGAGGAGAGCACUCGGUGUGCAGGCCCAAGAAGAGGCAGAGGAGAGCGACGGUGGUUUCUUCGAGUAG